UUGUUAAAUAUUAUGAGAGGUCUUAAAAAAGUUCACCAAGAAAAUAUGGUUCAUCGUGAUUUUCAUACAGGAAAUAUAUUAUCAAUGAAUACUAAUUUAGAUAAUUACUAUAUUUCAAUGUGUAUAUCGGAUAUGGGAUUAUGUGGAGAUGUUAGUAAUACUGACCAAAAUAAUAUUUAUGGAGUUAUGCCUUAUGUAGCUCCUGAAGUGUUGAGAGGAAAUCCUUAUACUCAAGCGGCGGAUAUAUACAGCUUUGGUAUGAUUAUGUAUUAUGUAGCAACUGGCAGGCAACCUUUUUGCAAUCGUGCGCAUGAUGAAACUUUAGUGUUAGAUAUCUGUGAAGGAAUUAGGCCUGAAAUAAACGAACUAGAAGCACCAAAAUGUUUUAUUGAUUUAAUGAAGAAAUGUUGGGAUUCAAAUCCAAACAACCGACCAGAAGCAACUAAAAUAGAAAAAUCAAUU